AUGUCGGCGGCAGAAUCUGAAGUAAAAGUAGAAAAAUCUGAAAUUGUCUGUACUGAUACUAUUACUACUACUACUACUACUACUGCUACUACUGCUACUACUACUACUACUACUACUACUACUGCUACUACAACUGCUACUACUGCUACUACUGCUACUACUACUACUGCUACUACUGCUACUACUGGUAGUACUACUGAUACUACGACUAGCAUUACUACAGCUGUUUCUGGUAUGGAAGAAGAAAAAAAAGAUAUUGCUGAGAAUUUGAUUCCAUCAUGCACUACAUCAAAAAAUUUAGAAAAUACACAGUUCCGUUCAAAUUUCGCCGUAACUUCUACAACAAUGCUCACCACGCCCGAGAAAUCAUCAUUGAUAGCAACCGAAGAGAAAACAGAUUUGAUUCAAUCAUCGAAUAGUAGUAAUACGGUUGCAAAUGAUGAUGCUAUUGCAGACAAAGAAAAUACUGAUAGGUCUGAAUUUGGUACUUUUGAAACUGAAAAUACCACUGCUGCUGUUACAACAACUAAUGAAGUCAGCUAUUUACAGAAUUCUGGCAACAGUUCUGAUCAAAAAAAUAAAACGGACUGUAAUGUGUCUGAUUCAGCUGAGCAUAAUCUUAAAAUUAUUUCUGAUCAAACUUUAAAACCUGAAGUUACAACACCUGGCACUUUUUCGGCACUUUUUGAAAAUCAAACUAAAGCUGUCAUUGUAGAACAUUCCGAUGCUGCUUUUAAACCAUCUGAUGGAAAAAAGGAAGAAAAUGAUCUCAAGGAUGAAAGAGUGAAAGAGACAGAUAAAGGUACGGAGAAGGAAAACAGUGGUUCUGAGGGAGAUUAUAAAACAAAAGAAGGAUCCACUUCUCUGGAUGAUAAGGAAGUAAGUAGUGAUGAUGCGGAUCACUUUGUCGAUGCCAAAUCAUCUACUCAAAUCGAUGGUACUUCAGAAGAUGAUGCUGUUGAAAUUGGUGAAGAAACAAAGGAACAACCGGAAGAAAUUCAGGAUGAAGAAGGGUAUGACUAUGAUGAAGAGGAACAAGAAGCGGAACCAGAUGAUGAUGAAGUUGAGGACAACCCGGCAUUUAUUCCGAAAUCUGGACGAUACUAUAUGCAUGAUUCAAGAAAUACUGAUGAAGAACGUACAUCAGAACCGUCAUCGCAUUCUCGGGCAGAUGGAAAAUGGAAGCAUGAUCGUUUUGAUGAGCGUUCACAAAGACCGAAAACUAAGCGAGAAUUAAUGAAUAGAUAUGGUUAUGACAUACGUAAUGAGGGUAAAAAUACUGGUGGUGGCAGCAUGAAUGCUUCGACACCACAUUUCAAUCAAAAUCGAGGUACAUCUAGGCCUAAUUAUGGGAAUCGAGGUAGACAUUCAAAUCGAACACCACUACAUCAUCCACAACAUCAACCAGAUGAUAGACGUGAUCGUAAGAGAGCAAUACAGAAUAGUGGUACAGGAAGGCCGGCAAACCGGGGUGGUCGAAAAAGUGAGCAUCAUGUCAAUAUAAACCAUCAGCGAGAUCAACAUGGAACCAGAGUUUUCAAGAAUUCACCCAUGCAUACGCAGAAAGGUACUACUUUAAUUAGAUCUGAAGGUGCUACAAAUCGUACAGACAAUCAUCGAACAUAUGACCGAAGUGAGGAACAUUUGCGUGACAAGCGACAAAAUACUGAAACAAAUAAAGGACGAGGAGGCGGUAUUGCAGUUAGUGGCGGUGAUGCGUCGGCGAUGCAUGGUAAAAGUGGUGGUUCACAUACUGGUGGAAAACGUUAUUCAACCCAACGUUUAGCUACAAAUUAUGCACCAAAUGUACAACAACUACCACCACCGCAGCCACCACCACCACUUCAGCCAGCACGAACAACGGGUCCUAUACCAAUUCCUCCACCUGAUUGGCAUCCGCCAGCUUAUCGGGGUCCACCACCACCGCCACCAGCCAUUGCAAUACCGGCACCAGUACCCAAUUUCCGCCCCAGUGAUAUCGUCUACUUUGACCCACAACCGCAACAACUUUUUCGCAGCAAUCCAAUUCCACCACGAACUAAGAAACGACUUGAAAUCGUACCACCAUAUCAGGCCAAAAAUUCGAAUUAA